GGAGUCGUUGCGUAGGUUUGUUGUGUGUCGGAGAUGAUCAACGCGGAAAGGGGCGCCUAUAUCUCUUCUUUCGCCAGUUUGGAUCCAAUCCAUACCCGGCGACCGACGACCGACGACCGACGACGGUUGAUUGUGAUCUGCGACAACUCAGAGAACAAUUUCAACCGUCUUUCUUCAAGUGUUAAUUUUUGGCUAUUUCCUUCUUAAUCGGUUGAAUCGAGACUGUCACUCCAUACAUAUCUCAUACUCUUCCCUCGAGAUCUAUACUCCUCAUAUACUUAUUAAAUCGAAGGAACCUCAUUGCUCCGAUUCUGUCAGCCUAUUUAUCUGUGACUAGAGGCCAAUGCUCAUAAACAUGAAGAGCUUCCAUCUUCUAACUUGUGUCAUAUCCUCUCUAUGUAUUUUGGGAUGCCAUAGAUAUCACCUGGCUUAAAAUUUCCCAAAUUUCUUCAAGCAUGGUAUACACAUCAUCAGACUUGCCCCCUUUGAGAGGUUCUGUUCGUGAUUUCAUUUUCCCUAACUCUAGACACAAAGAUAGUUUAAGACUCUCCUCUUCACUUCAAGAUUUCUCUGCAUACAAUCAACUUGAUCCAGAAGAAGGCAAUCUUAAUCAUAACCAUGGACUUGACCAGAUUGAUUUCUCAAGAAAAAACAGUGGGACAAAUUUUUUAAAAGAGAAACCAUCACCAAAAUCUAGAAAGUGGGUAAUUCUCGUUUGCUUCCUGUUCUUUGCUUCUCUUAUCUACACAUCACUUCAUCUUUAUUCAAAUUGGUCUAAAAAAUCCUCCAGAUUCUUCGUUGUACUUGAUUGUGGUAGCACAGGUACACGUGUCUAUAUAUACCAAGCAUCCAUCAACCACCAAAAAGAUCAAAACCUUCCGAUUUUGUUAAAAUCAAUACCACAAGAUCUUAAUUCUAAACCCAGUUCUCAAAGUGGGCGGGCCUACAACCGUAAAGAAACCGAACCCGGAUUCGACAAGCUGGUCAACAAUGUAACCGGGUUGACCCAUGCCAUAAACCCACUCCUUUACUGGGCUGAAAAACAAAUCCCAAAACACGCACAUAAAUCCACCUCAUUGUUUCUCUACGCGACAGCUGGCGUCCGGAGAUUACCCACUGCUGACUCAGACUGGGUGUUGAACAACGCGUGGUUGAUCUUGAAGAAUUCGUCUUUUGUAUGUAAACGAGAGUGGGUUAAAAUCAUUAGUGGGACAGAAGAAGCGUUUUAUGGAUGGAUAGCUUUAAAUUAUCAUACGCAUAUGCUUGGUGAUAAAAAUAGAUCAAAUAAACAAACAUAUGGUGCACUUGACUUAGGUGGAUCAUCUUUACAGGUCACAUUUGAAACCAAUGACUACACAAAUACAACGUUAAACGUGACAAUUGGUCAAGUCAACCAUCGGUUAAGUGCUUAUUCUCUUUCAGGUUAUGGUCUAAACGAUGCUUUUGACAAAUCCGUACUUCAUUUACUAAAAAUGAACCCCGAAAGUAGUAACAAAGUUAUCAUAAGACAUCCUUGUUUGCAAUCUGGGUACGAUGAACAUUACAUAGGAAAAAACGGAAACCCGGUUCGGUUAAUGGGUGCUCCAAAUUGGGAAGAAUGUAGUAAGCUAGCAAAAUUGACUCUCAACUCAUCGGAAUUGUCAAAAAAACAUACAUAUGGACAGUUUUACGCGAUGUCUGGAUUCUAUGUGGUGUAUCGGUUUUUCAAUUUGAGUGAUAAGGCCCCACUGAAUGAAGUUUUGUCGAAAGGUCGGAAAUUCUGUGAAGAAUCAUGGGAGGUUGCUAAGAGCAGUGUGCCAGCUCAGCCGUUUAUAGAACAAUAUUGUUUCAGAGCACCUUAUGUUGUGUUAUUAUUGAGAGAAGGUUUGGGUAUAAAAGAUAGUCAAGUUAAUAUCGGGUCGGGUGGGAUUACGUGGACAACUGGGGUUGCGCUUCUGGAAGCUGGGAAAGUGAUUUGGAGACGACCUGGACCCGGAACCGGGUUUUAUAAUUACAAAUUGUUUGAAAUUGAGAUGCACCCUUUGACCUUAUUAGUGAUUUUGUUGGGUUCCUUGUGUUUACUUGCGUUUGUGUUAUCAUUGGUUGGUAGACGAUUCUCCCGUAAGUUGAAUUUACCGGUUUUUAGGCACAGAAACGUAUCGGGGAAUUCUGUUCUCAAUAUAUCAAGUCCUUUUAAUUACCGGCGCUGGAGUCCUGUCAUUUCAGGGGAGGGUAGAAUGAAGACACCACUCAGUCCAGUGGCACGUGGCACUGAUGUCCAGCUGGCAGAUUCUUCAUUAUAUCCAAGCAUCCCACAUAGUAUUUCAUCAGGUAGCUUGGGACAGAUGCAAUUUGAUAGUAAUGGCACUUUGGGCGCAUUCUACCCUAGCCCUCACAGAGGUCGGAUGCACCUGCAAAGCAGACGAUCCCAAUCUAGAGAUGACCUCGCUUCUUCGCUUUCUGAUACACAUACACAUUUAAUGAAGAUUUAAGGAUUCUCAUAUGGGAUUUGUCUCCCACAUUUGAAAACCCCAUCAACGGUCAAGAUCCAAAGAUUGUGGUCUCUGAUUGUUCCAGUAAGCCCCAAGUGUUUUUGUACAAUCGAUAUAUAGUAGUUGUCAGGUUGAAAUAGUUAAAAUACAUAUUUUAGACUAUUCAAAAAAUAUUCAAAUUGAACUGUUUUACAACAAGAUAUGAUAAGCUGCUAACAUUUUAACAUUUUUAAA